AUGGCUAUGGAUUUGAAUAGGAUCUUCAUUGUUGACAGUGUUGUUGUGUUUGGAGUUUGCAUAGUUUUGGCCAUGUUGUUUAAGGUUUCAACUACCUCACAAGAUUCAUCUACUGCAAAUUUUGUGUUUGGAGAUUCUCUUGUUGAUGUAGGAAACAAUAACUACAUUCCCACUCUCUCAAGGGCUAACUACGUUCCUUUUGGCAUUGAUUUCGGCAAACCAACAGGGAGGUUCACAAAUGGAAGAACCAUUGUUGAUAUCAUUGGUGAGGAACUAGCAAUGGGUUAUACUCCACCUUAUUUGGCUCCAACCACAGUUGGACCAGUGAUUCUAAAGGGUGUCAACUAUGCCUCAGGUGGAGGUGGAAUCCUCAAUCUCACUGGAAAAAUCUUUGGGGGAAGAAUAAACUUGGAUGCACAAUUAGAUAACUUUGAAAACACAAGGCAAGACAUUAUUUCAAGCAUUGGGGUUACUGCAGCUGUUGAUCUAUUAAGAAGAGGACUGUUCUCAGUAACAAUUGGUUCAAACGAUUUCAUCAAUAACUAUCUAACACCAGGAGUCACCAUUGCUGAGCAGAAGUUGACAACUCCACAAGUCUUUGUCAACACCAUGAUUUCAAGAUUCAGAAUGCAACUCACUAGGUUAUUCAAUCUUGGAGCAAGAAAAAUCAUAGUGGUGAAUGUGGGGCCCAUUGGGUGCAUCCCAAAUCAAAGGGAUACAAACAUAGAUGCUGGAGAUAAUUGUGUCACAUUCCCCAAUCAGUUAGCUCAAAUGUUUAACACCCAAUUGAAGGGUCUUGUUGCUGAGCUCAGUGCAAAUUUGAAGGGUUCAAUGUUUGUUUAUGCAGAUGUUUACACCAUCUUGGAAGAUAUAUUCAGCAAUUACAUGGAAUAUGGUUUUGCAAACCCAUCAUCAUCUUGUUGUUCCUUCGCUGGGAGAUUUGGAGGUUUAGUCCCAUGUGGUCCAUCAUCAAGAGUAUGCAUGGACAGAUCAAAGUAUGUGUUUUGGGACCCUUAUCAUCCAACUGAUGCUGCUAAUAUUUUUAUAGCCAAACGUUUGUUAGAUGGUUCUCACAAUGAUAUUUAUCCAAUGAAUGUUCGUCAACUCUUUCAUGCUUCUUCAUGA